AUGUCCAUAGAUGACAUGCUUUCAGCGCUAAUGCGCCAGGUGGAUCAGGCAGAGGUGGAACGCCUGAGCAGCACUGCUGCUGCAGCAGAGAAUGAAUCCUCUCCCGUGCUGGAGCGCGUCGCCGCAGCGCGGCACCUGCUGCAUGCCGCCCGAGUAGCGGCGAAUGACCCCGAGCUCAAAGCGGCGCAUUCUGGCCUGCUGAGCGACGGCGUCAUGGGGCGGAUGCUGUCAGACAUCCUGCCUCGAUGCAGGUGGGAACUUCACGUCCGCGAGGCGUGGUACUCGCAGGACCAAACCUUGGCCAUUGCGGACCGCCUCGUCAGCAUCGCGGCCGGCGUCGCGCCUGCGGCGGACGCGCCCGCGCGCGAGUGGCUCGCGGCGUCGGCGGUGCCCCUGGCCCUGACGCACAUCAAGACCCCCCGGGACAUCCUGGCCACCAUGGCAGGGGUGCGCUUUGCUGAGCAGCAGCGGCGCGCUGAAGCUCGGCGCACGCGUGUGAUGGACGCGCUGGCGCCGGCUGGGGGCAGGGGCGCGAGGGCCCAGGGGGACCGGCGGCAAGGGGGGGCCGGCCGGCGCCGGCAGCAGCAGGAGCGCCUGCAGCAGCAGCAGCAGCAGCAGCAGCAGCAGCAGCAGCAGCAGCAGCAGCAGCAGGAGGUUGAGCAGCAGCAGCAGCAGGAGGUUGAGCAGCAGCAGCAGCAGCAGCAGCAGCAGUCCAAGCAGCAGGAGCCAGUUGGGAGGCCGGAGCAGGUCCGGCCGACUGAUGACGACCUGUUUGCUGACUCAGCCAGCGAGGAGGAGGAAAGCGAAGAGGCGGUGAUCGCGGCGCUGCAGCGGGAGGCGCGGGACUGUCAGGAUGAUGAGAGGCUGCUGCUGGCACGAGACCAGGCUGAGGUUGUGUACUGGAGGUCGUCCGCAGAGGAGGGUCCGCGCCACAGGGACCUAUUAGACUUGGAGGACCCAGACUUUGGACUGCCAAUCUUUAGGCGUCGCGACACGCCCUACGUCAGCCUGACCUGGCUGAUGCUCGCCGUGCAGAAGCUGGCAUCUGACGAGCAGCUGCUCCACUGGGUCGAGGGCUGCGGCGCGCUGGCCAAGAUCAACGGCAUGUGGGGCUUCUUGGCGGGCGAGUACCUGCGGGACUGCCUCGAGACGCUGCGGCCGCUGUCCAACCGCCACGCGAGGCGCCGCGCGCCAGCCCUCAGGACGGAGCUUCUGGACGACGCGCGGCGCGCGCUGGCCGCGCGGCUGGAGGGCAACGCCGCGUUUGCCGCCGGGGACCUGCGCGGGGCCAUCCGGCGCUACUCCGACGCCCUCCUGCUGGACUGCAGUGACGUCAGCACCUUCAACAACGUGGGUCGCACCUCGCUGGCAGCGACUGCGCGCGCCACACAGGCGGCGUCCAGCGCGGUGCACCUCGAGCCCGGCAACACCAAGGCGUGGGUCCGCUGGGGCGACUGCUUCGCAGCUGAGAAGCGCCUGCAGCUGGCGCAGCUCUGCUACUCCACAGCCAUCGAGCUGGCUGGGGCCGUCGAUGACGAGAUCAAGGUGGGUCAGGGCCUGGGAUUUUUGUGCUGCCGAGGGUAUUACAAGUGGCUGGGCUUGCGCCCGCCCAUGGUGCGGCAGAACGGCGUGUCCCAGAUUGACAUCGACGCGGCCAACGCCCAACUCAAGGCCCACGGCCUGGCCACUUCCAGCAAGAACAUCGCCUCUGUGGAGCUCAAACCGGCGGCGGCGCUGGGGCGCGCGCUGCGCGACGGCGUCAAGCCACGCGUGCGGGCGCUGCCCCUGGAUAACGACUGCUGGACCAUCACCUGGCACGACUCGCCCCUGCGCAGCGCCGCCAACGGGCUCAUCAGGUUUGAGAUCCGCGUUGGCCCCAACAACCAGCGGCCGGGCUUGAUUUCGACGCGCAGCUGCUGGGGGGAGCCGCGGACCAAGCAGGUCAUGACCGCGUUUUACGAGGCCUGCUUCUUCCCUAUCGGCAUGAAACCCUGCCAGCCCGAGGCCGUGUUUGUGUCCCAUCGCCUCGCGCCCUGGGCCGACGAGAUCGCGCGGGAGCUGGAGGGGUGCGGCAUCACUGAUUUUGAUGUUGAGACCGUGGCUGAGGGCCGGCUGGUGGCUUUGGAGAAAAGCGUG